AAGAAACGUCUUACGCCGUAUGUGGAGACAAACAACUAUUCACGCUCACAUUCACACUUCAUCGACCUUCAGGGCAAAGGUCACAGAACUACAGGUAUAAAAAUGGACGGUAUGGCCGGGUGUUCACACCAUGGUAUAACUGCCUGUGUGUGUGUGUGUGUGUGUGUGUAAUGUAGUAGCACACAUAUUUUCCAGCCCAGUUGCUUCACUCCCACAUUAGGACCGCAGAACAAAAGCAACAUUGAUGAGAAACCAGACCCCAUGCCACGGAGCAGGGACCCUUUGUUGAAGUGUAGCCGUUCUGUCCACGCUGUGAGAAUCUCCGACGUCAGUCCACACUCGUACCACUGUGUUAUGUGUGAUGGACGGUUCCCAACUCCCAAUGAUCAAGGUAGGGCUAACAGCCGCCCAUCCUGCGUCAAAUGUCCAGAGCCGAGGAGAGUGGUCCAGCAAAAUCGAGUUCCUCUUGGCCGUGGCCGGACAGAUUAUCGGUCUGGGAAACGUCUGGAGGUUUCCUUAUCUGUGCUACAAGAAUGGCGGCGGUGUGUUCUUCAUCCCCUACAUCCUCUUCUUCUUCACCUGCGGCGUCCCCCUCUUCCUGUUGGAGACCUCUCUGGGUCAGUACACCAAACAGGGAACAAUCACCUGCUGGAGGAAGAUCUGCCCCCUGUUUGAAGGGAUAGGAUACGGCAAUCAGAUUGUUGUUUUAUACUCGAGCAUCUACUACAUCAUCAUCCUGGCCUGGGCCUUCCUCUAUCUCUUCUGCUCUUUUUCCUCUGAACUCCCCUGGGCGAGCUGCAGAAACAGCUGGAACACAGAGAGCUGCGUUGAGUUUGACAGACAGAGUGACAUUUUCAAUGGAACCAUGCCAGAAAAUGCAACCUCGCCCGUGAGAGAGUUUUGGGAGAGAAGAGUUCUGAACAUCACGGACAGUAUCCACGAGCUGGGCAGUGUACGCUGGGAGUUGGCCUUGUGUCUGUUGUUGUCCUGGAUCGUCUGUUACUUUUGUGUCUGGAAAGGUGUGAAGUCCACCGGGAAGGUCGUUUACUUCACCGCCACCUUCCCAUAUGUCAUGAUGUUGGUUUUACUGGUACGAGGACUCACUCUGCCCGGAGCCUUAGAUGGAAUCAAGUUCUACCUCUACCCAGACGCCUCCCGUCUCAGUGAUCCACAGGUGUGGAUGGACGCUGGAACACAGAUUUUUUAUUCGUACGCUCUCUGCAUCGGCUGUCUGACCGCACUGGGCAGCUACAACAAGUACAACAACAACUGCUACAAGGACUGUGUAUAUUUGUGCCUAUUGAACAGCGGGACGAGCUUUGUAGCAGGAUUCGCUAUUUUUUCCGCACUGGGAUUUAUGGCGUACGAGCAAAAUGUCCACAUAUCCAAAGUGGCAGAAUCAGGUCCUGGUUUAGCGUUCAUCGCUUAUCCUCGAGCAGUUGCCAUGAUGCCUUUUCCUCAACUGUGGGCAGUUUGUUUUUUCGUUAUGAUCAUCCUCCUGGGACUCGACAGUGAGUUUGUCGGACUGGAAGCUCUGGCAACAGGAAUUUCUGACAUGAACCCGAGCUUUUUUCAUGUUGGUGCUAGACGUGAGCUCCUCCUGCUGGCCAUCAGUGUUGUCAGUUUCUUCAUUGGUCUUGUGAUGGUCACAGAAGGAGGACUCUACAUCUUUCAGGUGUUUGAUUACUACGCCUGCAGUGGGAUGACUUUACUUCUCUUUGCCAUACUGCAGUCUGUUUGUGUGGGAUGGGUGUAUGGUGCGGACCGGUUUUAUGACAACGUGGAGGACAUGAUCGGAUACAGGCCAUUACCUCUGAUUAAACACUGUCUGAAAUACGCUACUCCACUGGUCUGCAUGGGAACGUUCAUCUUCUCCUUACUCAAACACACUCCACUGAAGUUCAACAACACCAUCGAGUACCCGUGGUGGGGUUCCGCUCUGGGCUGGUGGUUCACGCUCUCCUCUACGCUCAUGGUUCCGCUCUGGAUGCUUUACAAGCUAAGCAGCACGCCGGGAACCUUACGACAGCGGAUCUCCAUACUGUGUACUCCCUCUAAAGACCUGCCUUCGUCUGCCUCCAAAAAGAACGCUAAUCUUUCGAUGGAAAUCCUUACGCCUCCCAACAGAAUAGUCGCCUAGAGAGAAGACGUGAGCUGCAGCAGCUUUGGACGAACUGGAAUCUUUACUGUUUGUUUUGUUCCCAGAUUAUCCGAGGUAUUCCAUGGCAUCACCGUGCUACACUUGUUAGGACCAAUAAUAAUGGUGUUAAAUUACACUAAUAAUACAAUGAUAUAGUUUAGUACAAUGUGUUUAAUGUACACUAUGUAAUUGUUAUAUUUUAAAAUCAUUAUUAUUUUUCACAACACUUGUGGUAGAAGUCAGCUGUGGCCGUCGCGGCUGACUCACUCUGACUGACAGGCAGCGGUCAGUCUGAGUCCAAGUUCUAGCUCAGUUUAUCCUUUGUUUAUUUUCCCAACAUAUCUUUUUUUUUUUUUUUUACUUUUCACAUUUAUGACUGUGACAGGUUUGUUACUAAUGAGCAGCAUCGGGGUUUCAGCAACAGUGUUAUAUUCAGUCAAAACUAAAUGUAAAAAAAAAAACAGCAGCAGUUAAAACAUUUAAACUAGUGCCUUAUCAGAGUUAAUAUUAGUGCCUCAACUUUACUAUCUCUAUGUUGACUUUUCAACAUUUUAACCUCAGUUGUGAACGGGACUUUCAUACAACUGCACAGUACGUUUUGUAGGGAUAAAGUGAUGUCAAUCGCACAAGGUGCUGUAAUUAUUGUAUUGACAGAGUGAAGGCUACGUUGUUUUUUACUCUAAUAUUUGUCUGCACUUUGUCUGAUUUGACGUGUAUUUAAGCAGCAGUUCGUUGUAUAGAAAACUUGCUGUGAGGGAUGAAUGUCGGAUGUUUUUAAUUUUGGUUUCUCCAUCAAGGACUUUAUUUAAAAAAAAAAAAAAAAUUCGAAACAGACAGUGACCAACAGACAACCCCUGUUGGCCAGUGGUGGUACUGCAGCUAAAAUGGCACCAUUGAAAAAAGUCGCAUCGUAAUAUUAUCGUAUUAGCAAUUUGAUACUGAACAUAUUACCCCGCCACAGUGGCGUGUCCUCCAACCCUGGACAGAUUACAGUUGAACGUCCAACGUCGAAACUAUGUUCUUUUACAGGAAGUACAUAUUAUAUGUUUGGUUUUGUGGUUUUUUUUUUCCCUAACAAAAAAAAAGCGACAGUCCAGUUAAUGUUUAAAAUGAUAUGGAAAACCAUUUAGUUUAGAGGGUGUUUUAACAGUUUGUUUGUGUUACUAUUUUUGUGUGAUCUGUUCUGAGGGGGUUCCUCGUAGUCACUUAUAGCUAUAGCAGUGUUGCUAACACCACCCAGUGGAGAACAGUAAAAGUGCCUUCAGUGACUAACAGGAGUUUCUACUGUCUCUCUAACUCCUCACAGUGAAGUGUAAAUUACAGCAGCAGAGCUGUAGCUAUGCUAUGCUAACAAAAUAGUCACAUCACCUUGACGCAGGUACUUUGGAUAAGUUGACUGAGAACCCACACAGACACAUGCUAUGCUAAUAUGCUAUGCUAUAACAGUAGCAGUGACCUUUUUUUUUUAUAAAUGCGACACAGAAUCACGUUCGGGGGUUAGCCACAGAGGUCUCAACCCAAAAGGACCAGAGGAGGCACCUGAAAGACUGGUGUGAACGUUACGGCCUUUUAUAUAUAUAUAUUGAUAUAUUUUUCUAUUAUUAUAUUGUUUGAUGAAGCAUCUCAAAUAUAGUCUUUGAAUUAGACAAUCUUGUAUUAAAACAAGUAUUACCUGUCUCCAGUCUGUGGACUGACGAGUUACUGGUUUGUUGUGGCCGCACAGGUUUUUUUCCUCACAAUAUAUUUCAACACUGUAAAAAUAAAAAUGGUCAACAAAAGUAUCUUUAUUAUAAUAAAAGGGUAAUUUAAAGAAG